GCGGCCCCCAAAAAAUCACUGAAAAGAAAAGGAGGAAGAGUCAAACCUCUGAAUCUCUCUCAGAAGCAGAAGAAGAAGAAUAAGAAGAAGAAGAAGAAGAAGAAGGAAGAAGAGAAGACGAUGAAGAAGCGAGUGAUUACCGCGUGGGGAGCGGCGAUUGUAAUCUUCCUGGUUCUAAUGAUCGUCACUCCGACAAUCCCUCAAUCUCAGGCCUACCACGAUUUCGCCGAUCAACGCUCCUUCUUCGGGAUCCCGAAUGCUCUGAACGUCGUUUCCAACUUCCCUUUCCUCAUCAUCGGCCUUGUCGGUCUCGUCCUCUGCUAUUACCCAGAUGAUUACUUCAGACUUAGUUUGCGAGGUGAGAAAUUGGGAUGGACUUGCUUUUUCGUCGGUGUGGCGGCUGUUGCUUUCGGAUCUUCUUACUAUCAUCUCCACCCAGACGAUGCUCGUCUUGUCUGGGAUCGUCUUCCUAUGACUAUUGCCUUCACAUCAAUCAUGGCUAUAUUUGUAAUCGAGAGGAUCGAUGAGCACAAGGGUACUUACUCCAUUGUUCCUCUGCUUCUCGCUGGCCUUGUUAGCAUUUUGUAUUGGAGGUUUUUCGAUGAUCUUCGUCCUUAUGCUCUAGUCCAGUUUGUUCCCUGCAUUGUCAUUCCACUUAUGGCUAUUCUAUUACCUCCAAUGUAUACACAUUCCACGUAUUGGCUCUGGGCUGCAGGAUUCUAUCUCCUAGCAAAAGUGGAAGAAGCUGCAGAUAAGCCGAUAUAUAGCUGGACGCAUCAUAUUCUCAGUGGCCACUCUUUAAAGCAUUUGUGCGCCGCUAUGGUCCCUGUCUUCCUUACCCUCAUGCUUGCAAAAAGAACUGUUCAAACCGAGAGGAUUAGCCUGUAUAAGACAUGGAAGAUAUCAUGGAAAGGAUCCGAGGAAGAGAGCUUGGAGUGUACCUACUCCAACGUAGCAGUCGAAGAGACUCGGUAGGUUAUGUUGGUGACACUCGUAUAAAAGAUUACUUGCUAAUAGAUUUAGUUAUAGGCUGAUAAUCCACUUGGAAACUCAUGAAGCUUUUGUAAUCUUUCAUAGUGCGAACACACUUUUGAUGUUUAUUCCUGUAACCUUUCAUA